CAUGCCCUUCACAAAAUCAACGUCCUUUCUCUAUAAACAAACCAAAACCCAUCCGACUCCUCACCCUCUCCAGCUCCAGAUGGACUUCAAUAGAAGAGAAUUCCUCUUAUCAGCUCCCGCCAUCUUCCUUCUCCUUUCCCUUUUCCUCUCCUCCGCCGAAGCCCUCAACAUCGGCAUCGAUCCCUCCACCGGAGACGCCGUGAGCAAGCAGGAAUGCAGCAGGAAUUGCGAGUCGGAGCACUGCGCAGUGCCGCUGUUCUUAAGAUAUGGAAAGUACUGUGGGAUUAUGUACAGUGGAUGCCCAGGGGAGAAACCCUGCGACGGGCUCGACGCCUGCUGCAUGCAUCAUGACGCCUGUGUUCAAGCUAGGAACAAUGACUAUUUGAGCCAGAAGUGCAGCCAAGAUUUAUUAGAUUGCAUUGCAAGAUUCAAGGAACAGAAUUCGCCAUCGUUUAAGGGGAACAAAUGCAUGGUGCAGGAGGUGGCGGAUGUGAUCACGCUGGUCAUAGAAGCGGCGCUGCUGGCCGGCCGAGCUCUCCAUAAACCCUAAAUUGGCUGUAAGAGAUAAAGAAGAUAAUGUUUCUUUCUUCUGUUCUCAGUGUUUUGAGAAGAGCACAUGGGCUUCAAUAAUUGAGAGUGCUCAGCAGACGAACUGUACGGUGGCUUAUUUAUUAUCUUAUUCAUUCACGCAAUUUCCUUCA